GUAUAAAUAGACUAACAUGUGAAGGUCGUAUUAUAGAUUGAUUCAACGAUCUGUGUGUACGCAUGUUAUUUGUUAUAAUUAACAGGAUCUACAUGCCAGAAUACGUUUGAUUUGUUCAAAAAGAUUGCAGGUGAAAUGAAUUAGGACUGGGAAGAAUGAACAAUUGUAUAGGGAACAUCGUCUAGCAAAGCAUACUAGAAGAUGAAUGUGGAGUCAAUAAAUGCUGUGUGUGGAAUAGCAAUUGUCCAAAGAAUAUUUGGUCCUGGCCCUACGGAAGGAUUUAAUCAUAUCAAACUACAAACCGCUGGUGGUCCAGAUUCUUUAUUUCAGAGAGUUAUUUUAAUGAAAAACAUUUACUACGAUUCGAAACGAUUCCAUUUCCACAAGAAUGAUAACAUGCAUUUUAGGAUUCGUUAUGAUGAAAAGACAGAUUGGCACAGAAUAGAAUUUGCCUCACUAGGUUCAGAAUGUUUAUUAUGUAGAUCUAUACGAAAACAUUGUGAUUUAUCGUUCAAGAGAGAUUUGUGAUGCGUAAUGGUUUUAAUUUUUUGUUAUUUGAAUUAUAAUGGGUUUUAAAAUAAAUUGUUUUGUUGAUA